AAAUCUAUGGUAUUUAUCAAAAGCUGUGACCAGAAAUUAUAGUCAUUUCUAAAAUUUGUAUAAACGUGUCAUCGACAAGAAAGUAAUUUUUGUUUAAAUGGAAGGCAAUCUACUCACAUUAAAGGAAUUUUUCAGAAAAUUCAAAGAUCAAAAUUUCGUUGGUUACCGGUUACCGAUAAACAUUUAUAAUGGAAUUCUGUCGGCAACUAUUCCUUUCUUAUCGACUACAACACCCUUCCUUAUCGGUCACUGCACGCAUGCGUAGAUGUUAUUCGAAUGCUGAAAUUGGGCGCAUUUCAAAAUUUCUAAACACGUUACGAACAUCUUCUUUAAUUCGCAUAUAGUAAAGGUAAUAAUAGCAUUUAGUAUUAUCAUAUGAUAUUAUCUAAUAAUACUCAUAAUUUGCAACUCAAUGGAAGAAAAGAAGAUUAGAAUUGUCGAGUGGUCUAAUGCGUAGAAAUCUAUGAAUAAUAGAAGUUUUUUUAAAAACGAAAGUUUUUUAAAGAACGAUGUCGAACUAAGUAAAUAGAAGCUAAUCUUCAUUUCCUUUCAAAAUAUUCUAUUCUCAGAGAUGUUAUUCUGAAACAUCUUUAAAUCCGAUAAUAAGUUGUGGGAUAUUAAGUAACAGAUCGUAAGAUCGGGAGAUUGUUAUUGAUGCUUUUCUUUUGUUGAUUGCUAGUAGAGGGAGACAAAGGCGUGCAAAAAGCUUCAUUGUUAUAGCGCGAACGUGGUUCAGUAUUAAAAUGGAAUCGUCAAUUGUUGCUGCUACUAAUGUGACGAAUAUUGCAGAUUGUGUGUUAGAAUUGGUGUCAAAUUCUUUAUCCGCCAACGCUACAGCAAUUGCAAUACGAUUUCACAUUGAACAACGUAAAAUUCAAGUAAUAGACAAUGGUAUAGGAAUACCGAAAAUACGAUUAAACGUGAUGGCAGAAUACAAUAAUGAAAAUUCUUUGAAUUAUUCAAAUAUAUACGAUUUAUGCAGCUGGAGAAAGCAUACGAUUAUUAACAUUCGUAGAUUGUCUAAUGCUAUGAUAAUAACAUCUAGAUAUUAUUUGUCACGUAAAACAUAUAUGAAGAUUUUCAAAGUAAACCAUGAACCAAGAAUUAUUAAAAUUGAAAGAAGACCUUCUCAAGGUACUACAGUAAGCAUUCAUGGAUUCCAUGAGUUAUCCUUAAGUAAGUGGAACAUAACUUUCAUGUAUCAUUUGAUUGGAAACAUUGCCAUAGCCAAUCCUCAGACUUCAUUCACCAUAAGAGAUGAUCAUCAAAAGAAAAUUAACAUGAUAAUCACUAAGCCACACAAUCCAAUAUAUAUUUUUAAGUCAUUAUAUAGUCUAGAAGUAUUACUUCAUAAAAUAUGGUAUAUAAGAUGUAUGAAGAAGCCUAAUAUCAAAUACUGUGCAUACAUUGGAUUAGCUGAUUCUAAAGAUACAGCUUCUCAAUAUAUUUUUCUAAAUAAUAAACUUGUUCAUUGUCCCUUAAUCUUAAAAAUAAUUUCAACUACUUUCAUUAAUACAUUAAAGUUCUUCGAAAGACAACAUUAUGAACAUAUACCAAAGAAAGAGGCAGUUUUCAUUUUAUUAUUUCUUGUGUGUAAUAAUUAUACUUUUACUAUUGAGAAUAAGAAGCGAACUUUAAUAUUUUCUAAUAUACAAGAUUUAAUGGAAUGUAUCAGGAGCAAAAUAUUACAUAUUUUUACAAGAGGUAUUAAACCUUUAUGUGAAGAAGAAUUUAGAAAAGGUAAUGAAACACAGUUGACUGCAGAAGAUUUAGUUACACCUGUUUCACAAACUGAUAAUCUUAACAAAAACAGUAUGCAGUUAACUCUUUCUGAAUGGUCUAAUUGGUCUUAUCCUAAGGAUUGGAAACAAGUAGAAAAUGAUUCGCUAAAAUUCUAUAAGCAUUUUGAUUUCCUACCAGAAAAAUUGCAUAAAUUACUACGUGGAAACACAAAAUUGAUAAGAACAGACAUUUUAAAUGAAUAUAAUGGAAGUGUAUGUUCAAUCAAAUUGAAAUCUGGAUUGCAGAUUCCAGAUAUAUUGCCUCAUCAAGAACUUGACAUACGUCCAUGUAAAACUGUCCAGCAAUUUCGUGAAUUCACGUUAAAUAAGAAAGUUUUAAAACUUAUUAAAGUAUUAGGCCAAAUAAACAAUGAACUGAUAGUAGGUUUAAUAACCCAAAAUAAUAUGAAGAUGCUUUUAUUAAUGGAUCAACAUGCAAUUCAUGAAAGAAUUAGAUAUGAGCAUUUGCUUUAUGGAUAUGAAUCACAGAUAAGAACGCAAUUGUUUUCCAUCAAAUUAAAAGAUCCUAUAAUCAUACAACUUCCUGCGAGUAGCUGCAAUUUACUGUUAUCUAAUAAUAUGAUAUUAAAAAAGUUUGGAGUAACUUUUAGUGUGAUAGAUAAUAACACAGUAAUGAUACGUGCAGUGCCAGAAUGUUUAAGGAAGAACAAAUACUAUCAUGAUCAAUUAAAACUAAAGUUAAAAGUACAGAAUCUUUUAAAUGAAUUAGUACAAAACUUCUCAAGUUAUGAUGGCAAUUAUGCAACCAACAUUUUACCAUUUACCAUUCACAAUGCAAUUGCAAUGGAAGCAUGCCAUGGUAUGUUCUUUCUUUCUUUUUCAUUUAUAAUUUUGUAAAUAAUU